AUGGUCAAUCUUUCGUCUUCGAGUAAAAUCCGCAAAAAGGGGCCAACAGCCGGUAAAUAUAUGGAUCAAAAGGAUGCAUCUUUAGCGUUAGCACUUUCCAUUGGAGAAGCGCAGGAGGACAGAACUCGACAGAAGGUCGGGAAAAUCAACAAAGCACAGAAGGCACCGAAGGAUGACCGUAAGACGAGGAGCGCUGCGCAGACUAAACUGAAGGACGCCACAGCUAUCUUACUGGCUCGGAAAUGCGAUGCGAAGAAGGCGAAGACGAAGUUGCGAAGAGAAUCAAAACGGAAGCAAUCGCGCGCUAACGCAGUUGACAUCUCGGUUUCCAAUGAUGCGCAGAGUACGCCAAUCAGGAAGAAAGUCUCGUUUGCAUAG